UUCAAUGUAAAUGCGCUACCAUAGUUAAUUGGCUUCAUUUGAGGUUGGAUUUCCAAAGAGUGAACACAUUUUUUUAAAAAAGCGAAAGAAAAAUGAGGUUGUUCUCAGCAUUGCUAGCUUUAGCAUUGGUUACAACCCUCUGUGCCGUGAACCCAUACGAUCCUGGUAUUUGCACAAAAAAGAAACGAGGAAAGUUUGUGGUUGUGAAAGAUUACAAUGAUGAUGAUAAAAUCCUGGCUUGUGUUCAACACGAUGGAAAAUUUCAGUGGGAAAUGAUCAAUGGUCAUUCGUAUGGCAAUUAUUUUGAUCCAGCGAAGGAUUGUUCUGAUGUUAUCGACAAUGUUCCAAAAGCGGAAAGUGGAGUUUAUUGGAUUCAGACACGAAAUGGUCCACAAAAGUCAUGGUGCGAUGUUGAAACAGACGGUGGGGGGUUCCUGUUGAUUGGCGUCAAAGACACGCCAGAAACCUGGGCCAUUCCAUCAAAAGCGUCUUUCAUCCACCCCCUCGGUAAGCCACUGUGGUCAAGUGCAUUUGGAGAUGAAGAAGUCUUGGAUUUUCGAGUUCAGAUUUCCACAACUAAACAUUUUCGUGAUACACGAGCACAUUGGUAUUAUCGUUUCAAAUCCCCUCGUCUUCUUUCAAAACUUCUCAUGUCCAACAAAGGAGGAUGCAGUCAUCGAUAUCCAGGCAUUGGUGAUAUUGCCUACGUUAAAGAUCUCAUGACUGGAAAGAUAGCGACAAGAAAAUUCAAAUGUUCGCGAUUUGGGGCUGAUAUAUCAACAGGACUGGGAUGGGAUAAAAUGAACAAAUGCUUUAAAAAAGCCUGCCCAAAAGGUUUUGCCUAUCUUUAUAACUUUCAUAUCGACAGAUCAGGUUCAUACAGUUACAGUGUUGAGUCUGAACGUUCCGGGAUUCAAGACAAUCAAACAUCAUUUAUUGGUUGUGAUCACGGAAAGUGUUGUGCUUGUUUUGGUCCUGACAGUAAGAAGGAUUACUGCGCUCCAAGAUGUCAAGCAAUCAAUGGUGGAACAAUUUUGAAGAAAGAGGACAAUAUCACAGUUUGGUUUUGGAUCCGUCCAUCUUUACCAAUACGUGUUUGGAAAAAAUGCAUGGAGUUUAAAGAAACAAACAAUGCAGGGAAAUUGGAAACAUGGCAUGUGGAAGACGGAGUAAAGAGAGAGGGUCCGUGUUCCCAUGAUGAAGAUGUCACCGUUAAUGAUGGGGUUGCUGUGGUUCCUGAUGAUCGAGCAAUGAAAGAACUCCCAAAGAUAGAAGGUCUUCUCUCCUAUCGAUCUGACGACCAAAAGAUUUACCUCAAAGAAAGAUCUCAGUGGAAAGCUUUGGCAACUCAGCAAAAGAUUGAAGGUGUCAUUGGUAGACUUGAAAGUUUUAAACGGGCAGUAGAAAGUUUCAAACGCGUGACCAAUACUAAGUUUGCAAGCGUAACUAAAGAUGUGAAAGUGCUGACUCAUUCAUCGUGCAAACAAAUAUGGAUGAGUCAAAGCAACCGUGGUAGUGGUGUUUAUCAAAUCAGCGUUGGACGAAAUCAAGUGAUGAAAGUUUACUGUCAGAUGUCGUCAGUCUCAGGUUGUUCUGGUGGAGGAUGGACGAUGGUGAUGAAAAUUGAUGGGAGCCAGAGUACCUUUGGAUACAGCUCCGGUUAUUGGUCGAACAAGAACACUUACUAUGACUCGUCCUAUGGAAGAAACGGUGGUUUUGACAACAGGCAAUAUAAAGGAUCAACAUAUUGGAAAACUUCAUUCAAAGAAAUUUGUGUCGCGAUGAAAUAUGGUGGUCAACUCAGAGCCCUUUCUUUCUCGCAUCCAGCAUCGUCCUUGUAUCAUCUGAUCGCUGACGGCAGGUAUCGUCAAACUCACCUCGGUCGUUGGAGAUGGAAGCAGCUCAUCUACGGAUCAUCUUUACAGCGUCAUUGCAACAAACAGGGAUUCAACGUGUUCUCUGGCAGAACUGCUGUAAAAACUCGGUUGGGCAUCAUUGCCAACCAGGAAAAUGACUGCGAAACCCCCGACUCUUUCUUAGGCCUGGGUGCCAAUGAACAGUAUUGGUUUUGUGGCUUCAGUGGACCUUCUCGUAACGCCGCUGGCAAUGUUGGUUCGUGUUCAUCAGACAACGGAGACAAGAACUUGAAAGCAAUGGGAUACAUACUGGUCCGUUAAACGUACAACGCUCGGAUUUGAUUAUAUAAUAUCUUUUAAUACCUUAAUGGCAAUUAACUGAUUUUUUUAUCAUAACUAUAGAGAAUCAAAAAAGUUAUUUUUGCACUGAAUUUAGCAUUUUGAUUCCUUCUUUUUUCUAAAUCUUUAGUUCAUAUAGCCUGUGACAUCGUUUUCACCUGCACGUAUAAUCUCAUUUUGUAACUUGUGGAUAAAACUGAAAUAUUAUUGCCAUGUUAUCUCGCUCGUUGAUCUAGA